AUGGAGUGUCCUACUGCUGCGGGGGCGCAGCGGCCUCAGGACAGCGGCAGCGUGAGGAGAUUUCCACUGGACGUCAUCAUGAACCAGAUCCGGAGGAAGCGCUCGGACCGCAGACCCCUGGGGAGGCUCCUGUCCUGGGCCUCAGACCGAACAGGGAACCGAGAGGCCCACAGGAAGGUUCAGAGUCCAGAGGCGGCUGAUGGGGAGAAUGAGCCUGGCUGGGGGCGGGUUCGUGCUUUUCUUCAUAAAAUGGGAUCAGAGACGGAGAAAGGGAGGAUCAGCCUGUCGCACUGUGACCUCACCGUCACAGACCUGCUUGAACUGGGCACGCUGCUGCACUAUGCUCCGCAGCUGGAGGACUUGGAUCUGUCCUGGAACCAUCUGAUUGGUGGAAGUCUUCGUGCACUCACCUCCCACUUCAGCCCCAUGACCAGUCUGUACGCUCUGAAGCUCCACGGCUGUAGACUCGACCAACAAGAUAUGAAUGCACUCGAUGAUGCCCUGAGCUUCUUGCCUUCACUCGAGGUCCUGGAUUUGUCCUGGAACUCUCUGAGCGGUGGUGCUCUUCAAGACCUUGAGGGAAAACUGCCGCCCUCCCUAACAGAGCUCCACCUAGUGGCCUGUGAACUCACUGCAGCCGACGGCUCAGCCCUGGCCGGAACACUGUCUUCCCUCUGCUCCCUGACGCUGCUGGACGUCUCCUGCAACCCACGCUUCGCAGACGGAGUCACAGAUCUCUGCUCUGCUCUGUCCAAAACUACUUCACUCCAAACCCUCAGACUUCAGGGAGUGGGACUGAAGCCAAGCAGCCUGCGAGCUCUGGGGGAAUGUCUCCAGUUGGCCUCGUCUCUGCGUCUCUUGGACGUGUCCUGUAACACAGGUCUGUGUGGACAGCUGCCUGUGCUCUGCCCACACCUGUCCCAGCUCUCCCUCCUGGAGACUCUGGACCUCCACCAGAGCGCCCUGACCUCCUCCGACAUGCACGCUCUGGUCCAGGUUCUGCCGUCGCUGGUUUCCAUCACCGAGCUGAACGUAUCGUCCAAUCCGGAGGCGGGAGACUGGGUGCAGGCGCUGGUCUCCGCUCUGCCGCUGACUCACAUGAAAACCCUCCCACUGAACAACUGCAACCUCAGCCCAGACUCCUGCAGCGCUCUGGCUCUGGCCGUGCCGUACCUUCGCUGCGUGGACCUGUCGUGGUGCAAGGUGGUCGGGGGCCGGCUGUCGUUGCUUCUCGACGCUCUUCAGCCGUCGGGGAUUCAGGAGCUGAGACUGAGCAGCUGCGAACUCACCACCAACGACAUCCAACAUCUGGCUGCAGCGAGUCGCGGGGGCCUCCUCUCCUCUCUGCGGGUCCUGGAUCUCUGCUACAACAGCUCGGUGGGGCCCAGCGGCUGGUCCGGUCUGCUGGCCUCAGGAGGACUGCCUUCACUGGAGGAACUGGACCUCAGCCUCAGAGCCUCCACCGCGGCCGCCUGCUCUGAGUGGCUGCCCGCUCUGCUCCGCGCUCUUCCUCGUCUGACGAAUCUGAAAAGACUCGGACUACAAGGAUGGACGACCGGCGGGAAGGAAAAACUACAACUGGAUCAUAGUUUGAAGAAGAGACACGUAGUUUUAGAGAUGGACACAGAGGAAAACAGCCAGGACAAAGACAAUCAACCUGAGGAGUAA